AUGUUGGAUAAUUUUAUUCAUCACUUUAUACAGAAGGCAUCAACCAAUGCUAGCAUAACAAAUAUAAAUAAUAAGAAUGAUAUAAAUAAUAUAAAUGAUAUAAAUGAUAUAAAUAAUAUAAAUGAUAUAAAUAAUAAAAAUGAUAUAAAUAAUACAUAUAAUGUUCAUAAUAAUGACAUUUUUGAUAUAUUCAAAAAAGGAGAGGAAGAAGGUUGCACAGGAGAACUGGAACAAAAAUUAAUUAAUGGACAGAAAUUUUUAAAAAAUGAUUUACAUGAAAUAAAUGAAUAUAAUAAUAAUAAUAAUGAGAAAGAUUUUAUUAAUUUACGUAAUGGACAACACAGUGAAUAUAACAUGUAUAUGUUUGAAAGUAAAGGAAUUGUCUCAAAUGAUUUUUAUAGAAUAUUAUAUGAAUGUGCUCAAGCUUCAUCAGCUAAACCUUAUUUAGUUGAUGUAUGUGUAAAUAAAUACUUUAAAAAAUAUAAAAUAAAAUUUUCACAAACAUGCUUAAGUUGUUUUUCUACUUUUAUUGGAUGUACUUUUAUUUCUUGUAAUAAAGAAUGUUCAAAAAAUCAAUGUAAUGAUGAAUGUAAGGUUUGUAGUGACAGUCAUUGUUUUAAGAAAUUAUUAGAGUGCACAAAAUUGGAAGCUUUACCUGAUCCGUGUAAAUAA